UCGUGCAAAAAAUGUUCGAAAAUUUCCAUAUAAUUCAUUAUAAUUCGUUUAAAUGCAGUUACCUUAAAAGCAAGUGGGCUAUAAAGUGCUUAAGAAAUGUUUUCCACAAUUAAUUUGAGACAUUAUGCAUAAGAUUUGAUAAUAUGAGGAGUGAUCGCGCUUAAAAGUGAACCUCUAACAUGCGCUUAAUAUGAAAUAAGCAGAUAAUUAACGUUUUUCCUGGAGCCAGCUUGCACUUUUGUAUGAAAAGAUACCAAUAUCUUCAGUGAAACCAAAAGUUUUCGCGAUUUACAAAAGUGAUCGUGCAAAGGUUUUUCGCGAAUUUCAGUAGUAAAUGAUAGCUAACUUGUUUCUUGAAGUCGAACUGAAAUUUUGUGUGAAAAUUUGCUAAUAUUUUUAAUAAGCAAAAAUUACGCGAUAAACAAAAGUGAUCGUGCAAAAGUUUUUCGCGAAUUUCAAUAGAAUACAUUUAAAUGAACAGACAGUUGGUUAUUAAUAAUGUCGUUUGAAGUCAGAUAACACUUUUGUAUGACAAUUUGCUAAUAUUUUUAGUAAUAACCAAAAUUUUCGCGAUAAACAAAAGUGAUCGUGCAAAAGUUUUUUGCGAAUUUCAAUAGCAUGCGUUUAUAUGAAUAUCCAACUAGUUAUACAUAGUGUUGCUUGAAGUCAGCUUGCACAUUUGUAUGACAAUUUGCUAAUAUUUUUAGUAACAACCAAAAUUUUCGCGAUAAACAAAAGUGAUCGUGCAAAAGUUGUUCGCGAAUUUCUAUAUAAUUCGUUGAAAUUCGUUCAAAUGCAGUUGUUUUAAGCGCAAGUGGUUUACUUAAGCUGCAAAUAACAGUUAAAUAUAACUAUUCGAUUACGCACAAAUGCGUCACAUUAACUUGAAGAGUGAUCUGAGGAUCAAUACGCCCACACAGAUGCAUAGUUACAAUGACGAAACAAACAGAGCGUCACGCUAUUGUCGCCCCCAAGUGAUCACACUCGCCUCGAAGGCCAUGGCCAAUAGCGCGGCCGCCGCUUUCGCCAGCCAUCAGCUGAACCAGCAGCAGCCAACGCCACAACAGUCGCCGUUCUCAACACAUCAACAGCAGUCGCAGCGUCUGCCCACCACCGUCACCGCUGGCUACGGCAAAGGCCAUGAGGGACGCGUCAUUGGCGGCUUGCCGCGCACGCUCUCCGCCCCCACCAUCAAUUUACAGCCGAAAUCUUGCCUCAGCCGCAAAACCUGCCUACACCGUUCGCAAGCGAGCUACAGCAGCAGCAGCAGCAGCGAUAGUCGCGACAGCGACGCGGCGGGCGCGGCGGCGGAAUGCGCGAAUUGCAAAUGCAAUGGACAAAGCCGUUGUACCAAGCGUGUGAUCUUCGCUGACGAUGAAGGUCAACCGCUAACGGAGGUGCGCGUUAUGUCCGAACCCUCGAAUGUGCCGCCAUUGUGGAGCACGAAAUUCUUGGAGCAAAUUACACAGGGCCUCGUUAGUCCACACCCGGCCGAUCAAUGGACCGUCGACUUUAAACAACCAGCAUCCGAUUACUUAACAUUUAGAGAAAAAAUCGAUCGUGACUUUGUCUCACUCGAAAAUGUGAUUGUCAAGGAUGAAGAGUCCAUUGUUGUCGGCACGGUGAAAGUGAAGAACAUCUCCUUCGAAAAGGAAGUCGUUGUGCGCGUCACAUGGGACGACUGGAAGAAUCAGCAGGACAUAUUCUGCACCUUCGCCAGGGCUUAUGGACCAGCUACCUAUGCGCACGUCGUCUUCGAUACGUUCUCAUUCAAGAUCACAUUGCCGCCAUCGUCAAAGCGUCUGGAAUUUUGCAUUUGCUAUCGCGGCAACAACCAAGAAUACUGGGAUAACAAUGGGGGUAAGAACUAUACUAUUACAAAGCGUUCGCCCUUCUACUACAACGCGCUCUCGCCAUAUGACAAGAAUACGUCGCGCAAUAGCUGCCGCGGCCAUGUGAUGUCCGCGCUCUCGGAAGCACUGAGCAAUACGAAAGAGCAUCAAGCACAAAACAAUUGGAGUCAGGAGUCGGGCCCCUACUGGCAACAAAAACAGAACGAGGAGAAAUAUUGGUGAUGGUGAUUAUACUAAAUAAGGAUGCGAGUCGUACGCUCUGCGCUAGGAGCACUCAGCGGCUCACGUCGAAAACAGCGCAAACAACCCUGCAGUAGAGCAAAGAAUCUUACAUAAAUGCCAAUGUAGAACAACUAGUUUAGACGCAGCAACAACAACAAUAACAAAAACAAGCAAUAACAAAUGUAAACACAAAGCAAGACAAAUACACAGCAACAGCACAAAAGCAUGAGCGGCGCUGUUGAGCUACAGCGACGCCACUGGCGUAUACCAAAACAACCCAAAACAGCAGACUAAGCCGAGCGUGCGGAACGAAGUGCAUUACCACAACUGCUAAGCAAAGUUUUGGCGCUAAAAAAGUUAAAAACAAUAACAAAAACUAUAUAAUAUGAAAGUGUUAAGGCGCUCGUGGUGAUGUCUAAGAGCUAAAAAAUUUUAAAAAUUUUAAAAAAUCUGAAAAAAUCCUUAAAAAUUUAUGUAACAUAUACGACAGCGUAGUGUGCGUUAAAUCAGUGCAAUAUUCGAGAACCAAUUGUGCACAUUUUAAAGGCUUUAACUUCAAAACAACUGAACAAAAUAAGUGAUUUAGUCGCCCCUGCGUAUGACAGCAAUUUGUG